AACACACCUCUUAAUUAUUAAUUAUUCCAUUCCUUUCCCCUAAAUUUCAAACACUCUACACUUCAUCAUCUUCUUCUUCUUCUUCUUCCAUAGUGAAUCGCCGAUGGGCUGCGUUUCCUCCGCUCUGCUUAACCAGGAUGACGACUUCUCCCAAAUCGGCGCCUCCGCCGCUUUCAGCCACCACAUUGUCUCCCUCACCUCCACCACUUACGGCCUGUUGACCCUCGACGCAGCGGAAACUGAACCGCCGGCGAAGACAGUCCUCCCGCCGCCGCGGACCACUCUCGGUUCCCUCUUCCCCAGCCCACUUUCCGAGCCCCGGUCGCUCCGGCACCAGCCAUGCUUCGAGACCAUCAAUUCUUGGGACCUCAUGUCCGGACUCGAUUCCGACCAUAUUCCCAGCUUCCGAUUCGCCCCUUUCAAGAUUUCAAAUAAUCCUCCCGUCGCCGGCGGAAACGACGAGAAUCUGAGCCCUAACGUCGGAAACCGGCAGCCGCCGCCGUCGUCUUUCGCCAAGGAUCUGAACCGGUUCCUGGAGGAAUUCGAGCCGAUCUGCCCGCCGAACGGGGAGAACAAAGUGGUGCUGUACACCACCAGUCUUCGAGGCGUCCGGAAGACCUUCGAGGACUGCAACGCUGUCCGAUCUGCGAUUCAGGGAUUGGGGAUUCCGGUGUGCGAGAGGGAUAUCUCCAUGGACAGAGGGUUCAGGGAGGAGCUGAGGGAACUGAUGAAGGGAAAGAACGGCGGCGAAUCGGUGGUGCCUCCGAGGCUGUUCGUUAAAGGGAGGUACGUCGGCGGCGCGGAGGAGGUGAUGAAGACCGUCGAGGAAGGGCGAAUAGUGGAGUUGCUUCAGGGGAUUCCGAGAUUGAGAGGCGGCGGGUGUGUCUGUGAUGGGUGUGGUGGGGUCGGCUUCUUGCCCUGCUUUGUCUGCCAUGGAAGCUGUAAGAUGGUUAUGACGACGACGGCGCCGCCGGCGGAGAGCAAGAAGACGGUGGUGGUGAGAUGCAGCGAGUGUAAUGAGAACGGAUUGGUGCUUUGUCCCAUUUGUUCUUAAUAAAGAGGAUCGAUUAUUACUAUCGCUCUGAACAGGGCACAGGUGCUGUAAUUUCCCGUUUGUUUCCGUCGAUUGAAGACGACGACGACGAAAUUAAGUGUUAUUACUAAAAAAAAUGAGGAUUUGGGCUCAGGUUUAAUUUGGGCCUGCAUAGCAAUCCAUUUACUAUUUCUAUAUACAUUACUUGCAUACACAAUAUAAUUAUUACUCCCUCCUAUGAUGGUUGUUGGUACUAUGUUCGAUAGUAUCGAUUCAGUACGAUGCAAUACAUGAAAUGUUAAUUAAAAUCGUGUAUUUUGUAUAUAUAUUUUUCAUGUGAUGUAUAACUAGAGUAAUUGC